UAUCGCUUGGCUAUACUUCCAUAACUUACGUAUAAUAAAUAAAUCACUGAAUCAAUCUUCCAUCUCCAACAAAGAAAAAAAGCAACAUGAAGAAAAAGAUGGUGGUCGAGGUGGCCAUGAAUGGCCAGAUUAACUAUUGUUUAAAGAUCAUCUAUCUUCUCAUCAACAUUUUGUCCAUGAACGCUUUUAGUCCCCUCAUCAAGAAGAAGCUGUCCGUGGAUGGCUCCACGUGUCCCUCUAUUGCUAUGAAGCUUGCAGCCAGCUUUUCAGGAGUAGAAUCUAUAGCCUUAAAAGGGGAUGAUAAGAGCCAGAUAGAAGUGACCGGAGAUGGAGUAGACCCGGUGAAGCUUACAACUUUCUUGAGGAAGAAGAUGGGGCAUGCGAAGCUGUUGAGUGUUAGUGACGCAGACAAAAAGCCGGAAGAGAAGAAACCAGAAGAGGUUAACGUGCAGCCUCUGCAAUGGCUUCCUAUGGGCACCAUCCCUCACUGUCAAGUCUUCCAUUUAAACUAAUGAUCAGCUAUAGCCCCAUACAACCAAGAGAAGCACCUUGACAUGGUUUCUUGUGGCACUUCGUAGACCACUUCUUGCGGAAACUUGGGACCAUCUGGUCUACUUUAAUUCCAAUUCGUGCUCAGCUUAUUAUUAACGGCCUUUCUCCCUCUGUCUCUCUGGUAGUUUUUGCUUUUUUGUGUUAGUUAUCUGAAAAUUAGAUACGGAAGCUCUCUUUUAUUUCACCUAGAGCACGGGAAAGUGCCAAAAGGCUAUGUAUAAAUUAAUAAAGGAUACGGAUGUGUUUUGUGAGUGAUAU